CCUCUUGUCAAAGACUUUCCUUGUGAAAUCCAAAUUGGGCCCCUUCUCUCUUCUCUCUUCCGUUUUCUCUCUCGAUCGCUGGAACGAUGGCGAACGACAAUGAACCAGCGAAGCUUCUUCUUCCAUACCUCCAGCGAGCCGAUGAAUUGCAGAAACACGAACCGCUAGUCGCCUAUUACUGCCGAUUGUACGCGAUGGAGCGGGGCUUGAAUAUUCCUCAGAGCGACCGCACUAAAACCACCAAUGCGCUCCUUGUUUCCCUCAUGAAUCAACUUGAAAAGGACAAGAAGUCACUGAAAUUAGGUCCUGAUGACCAUUUGCACCUGGAGGGAUUUGCCUUAAAUGUCUUUGCUAAGGCAGACAAGCAAGAUAGGGCUGGGCGAGCAGAUUUGAAUACAGCAAAGACAUUUUAUGCAGCAAGCGUCUUUUUUGAAAUUCUUAAUCAGUUUGGUGAACUUCAGCCUGAUCUUGAGCAGAAGCAGAAGUAUGCAGCAUGGAAAGCAGCGGAUAUAAGAAAAGCUGUGAAAGAAGGAAGGAAACCUGUACCAGGUCCCCCUGGUGGUGAUAACGAUUUUUCAGCAUCAUCAAGGACAUAUAGUGGUGAAUAUGAGGAUCUUGAACCAAGUAGAAAUGAUCCACCUGUAAAACCUGCUGCUGCACAGGAGCCAGAUCCAUCACCUCAUUACUAUAAUGAAGUAAACCCCAAGCAUGCUGCAGAUAUUCCACCAUCGCCUCAGUUUUAUAACGAAGUUAACCCCAAGCAUGCUGCAGAUAUUCCACCAUCGCCUCAGUUCUAUAACGAAGUUAACCCCAAGCAUGCUGCAGAUAUCCCACCAUCGCCUCAGUUCUAUAACGAAGUUAACCCCAAGCAUGCUGCAGAUAUCCCACCAUCCCCUUCGCAAAAUCCAUCACCACCUUCUUAUCCCACUGCAAGUUAUCCUUCUCAUGAUUUGCAUCCACCUUCUUCGACCAACCGAUCAGAAACUUCUACUUACUCUCAGCCAUAUCAUCAUCAAACCUACCCUCAAGAAGGGCCCUAUCCUCAAGAAUCACAAAAACAUUUUCCGCAAAAUUAUUCUUCUCAUGAAGUUUCCCCCUAUUCAUAUCCCAAUUUUCAAUCUUAUCCUAGUUUCACGGAUGCCAGCCUUCCAGCAGCCCCAUCUCACUACCCCUCCUACUAUCAGGGCGGUGAUAAUACUUAUUCAACUGCAUCAGCUCCUACCACAGCGACCUAUCCAGCAGCAGCACCACCACCACCACCACCAGCAGCAACAGCAGCAGCAUCUCAUUACAAUUCAAGCAGCAGAAAUGGCACUGUUUCUGAGCCCGUGCCAACCUCUGUACAAAGGUACCAAUAUGACAGCAAUUACCAGCCAACCCCUGAGAAAAUUGCCGAGGCACACAAGGCUGCAAGGUUUGCAGUUGGGGCAUUGGCAUUUGACGAUGUAUCUAUAGCCGUCGACUACCUUAAGAAAUCACUUGAACUACUGACAAAUCCAUCAGCAGGUCAGUGAUUUACUGUACUAGUUGAUCUUCUCGAUCUGGAUUGGGGCAACAUCAUCUGUUAUUCAGUGUUCUUUUGUCGUUAUACCUUUUAAUGGUUUGAUUUGUAAAGUUGAUUGGGAUUUUCGUUGGAGGUGAGUUCCUGUAUCCUUACCUGGAAUCACACAUAUAUUUUUAUGUGUGUGUAAUUAACUGGAAAAUCUUAGGGCUCGUUAACGUUUUAAAAUUUGGAUGUUAUUUUAUUUAUUCUUUUUGCACCCAGGUUCUAUUCUGGUGUUGCACUUCUUUUUUGUUUUAAAAUCUAAACUAUAGGGUUUGAGUUGAAGGGUUUCUGAACUUAUGUUGCUGCAGUAUU